AUGCAAGGACUUCAUCACCAACAGCAGCAACUCACGGCGUUUCUCUCCGUCGCCAUCCCCAAGGACGAUUCCGCCCUCGCCUGGGUCGACUCCGCCCACAAGAUCCGCUCCCGGGUCGACAAGAUCGACGGCGAGAACCCCACGUGGAACGAUCGGUUCCUCUUCAAGGUCCCAUCUACGCCGUCGGCUGCUUCAGCGAUCACCGUCGGCAUCGUCCGACUUCUGAUCAACAACUUUCUCGACGUCGCGUCCAAGGUUCCGUUAGCUGCUUCAGCGAGACCUUCUGGAAGAUUCCAAGGCGUGUUGAAUGUGGCCGCGAUGGUGAUCGACGGCUCGUACCUGGCUCCGGCGGUGAGCGAGUUGUCUGCGGUCGGGUACCGCGACCUGAUGGGAAAUGGAGAAAGCUUCCGGUGCCGGCGACGCGACAGCAUGAAGAGCAAAUCGAGUGAUUACCCCGGCAAUUCGAAGGAAAACUCUUUCACUGAGUCGGCGGAGAACUCAGACGUCUGCGAGUCGGCGGCAUCAUCUCUGGCGACGCCAUUACCGCCUCUGAAGGAAGUGAACAUGAUCACCGAAUUGGCGGGAACAACAAGGCAGGUGUUGAAGGCUCGUCCAAUGGACGGCUCGCGUUUCCUGUGUUGCUUGCUGACGCAGAGGAAGAUGCAAUACUGUCCGUCGGAUGAGAACGCGGAUGGAGCCCACAGCAGAGAAAGGAGGUGUCAGAGAUCUGGCUGCCACAAGGGUGCUGAAGAACUUGACGGUGUUUGA